AAUGCUUUGCUCGAGCGGAAACGCCGGGGACUCCAUGGAAACGGAAAACCGGCGUGCUAUCUUGGGAGACGGCGCACAGUUCGCUUGCUAGUGCUAAUCCGGCUUCCAGAUUAUAAACAUUUCAUUCGCCGCCUCCCUGCCACGAUGAGCCGCACGCCGGAUGCCAGAGCGAGGGACAACCAGACGAGACAGAUCCAGGAAAACAUCACCAACGUGGAGAAACACUUCGGAGAGAUGUGCCAACUGUUCGCCGCCUACGUGCGUAAAACAGCCAGACUCCGGGACAAGUCCGAUGUCCUGGUUCGAGAAAUAGGCGUGUAUGCAGACACGGAAACUCCACAGCUGAAGAAGGGUAUGAAGCAGUUUGCUGACCACCUGGCCAAGAUCCAGGACUACCGCCAAGCGGAGGUGGAAAGACUCGAAGCCAAAGUCAUAGAGCCAUUAAAAAGCUACGGAGCAGUGGUGAAGCGCAAACGGGAUGAUCUGAAGGCGACUCAGAGUGCCCGAGACAGAGAAGCCAAACAGAUGGCUCAGCUUGAACGGACCAGACAGAGGAAUCCCUCAGACAGGCAGAUCAUUUCUCAGGUGUGUCCCGUGUUAUUUGCGCAUCUCAAACCUGGUGAUGCUGAAAGUGAGCUCCAGAGAGCAACCAUGGAUGCCACGCGGACCACCAGACAACUGGAGGAGACCAUAGACGAGUUUGAGAAGCAGAAGAUCCGGGAUAUCAAGAAAAUCUUUGGUGAGUUUGUGACGGUGGAGAUGUCGUUCCAUGCCAAGGCCUUGGAGGUGUACACCUUGGCCUACCAGAGCAUUCAAAGUGUGGAUGAGGAGAAGGACCUGGAGGUGUUCAGGAGCUCGCUGCACCCCCCUGACUACCAGUCACGCUUAGACAUAGUGCGAGCUAAUUCCAAAACCUCCCUUGAUCGGACCGGGUCCUUUCUGAGUACAUCAGAGACCUUACAGCAACAAAGAGCCUCCAGUCGGCAGACAAGAAGGGAGGAGGAGGAAGAGGACGACGAAGAGGAUGAAGAUGAAUCAGAGGAAGACGAAGAGGAGGAGGAGGAGGACACGGAUGAUGAGCAUUAAUUUUUGGUCUCAUUUUGUGUUCCCUGGUAUGGAACGAAAGAGGACACCUAAAGGAAAACUGUCAUUGCCAAAAUCCCCACACAGGUGGUCUGAGCAGUAUUGUAGUGGAAGUGUGCCGUAGCUGUGUUGAGCUUUGUAGGAGAACAUGUCCUUAACUAACAUUUGUCUUUGACAUCCCAGCCAAUUGUUGUCUUCUACUUUUUUUAUAUAUAAAACAUUCUGAAGUGUACAUUAAAUAUAUACAAUACACAUUCAUAUUGUACUGGAUCUAGCAUUGGAUUUUAUUGCAAAAUGUUAUUCAUCUUUAUGAAUAAAAGAAUGAAAAUCCUU